CACUGAUCUAUUUUGCAUACCAGACUACAGUACAUGAUCCCACAUCAACAGAGAGAUUCAAAACAAGUUAGGAAACAGGUUUGAUGGAACCUGUCCUGGUUUUUAAACAGAAGACAUUUUUUUCUAGAUUUGCUCUUGACAGUAACCUGACGAAACAAUGGCAACAGAUCAGCAGGGCCUUCAGAGAGAGUGGAGAAGAUCAAGGGAGGAUGAGAACUCAAGCAGCAACAAUGGAUUGAUAGAUGCAGGUGAAGAAGUGAAGGAUGAGCAGAAUCCAGGAGAGGAAGAUGAACGGACAGAAGAAAAGGAUACAAAUGAGCUGCAAGUAGAUGCACAGGAAAGUGGGAAGGCUGUUGAUGACAACGAAGGAUGUAAUGUUAGUUUUCCUUUAACACCUGCAAACAGUGACAGUGUUUUUGCUAUGUGUACUAAUAAUGAUAAAGACAGUGAUGAAGAGGAUGCCAAUAAAUAUGACAAAAACAAUAAUAUUGAUGCGGUAUUGGAUGCGUUUACAAAUGAUGCUAGUGAUGAUACUAAUAAGUAUGAUGAUACAGAGUAUAGCGUUAGUUUUCCUGCUGCAUCUGCAAACAGUGAUGGUUUAAUUGCUGCGUGCACAAAUAAUGAAAAGGCUGGUGAUGAAGGUGAAGAUGUUGCUGAUAAAUAUGAUGACAAAAAUACUGAUGAAGAACAUAAUAGUUUAAUUGUUGCAUCCGCAAAAAGUGAGGGUUUGUUUGCUUCAUUUAUAAGUAAUGAUAAAACCAAUGACGAAAAGAAUGCCAAUGAACAUGAUGAAGAUAAAUUUAGUAUUAGUUUUUCUGUUAUGCCUGCAAACAGUGAUGGUUUAAUUCCUGCAUCCACAAAAAAUUAUACAGAGGAUGCUUAUGAUAAAGAUGACAAAAAUAAUGAUGAAGAAUAUAAUAAUAGUUUAACUGCUACGUUUGGAAACAGUGAAGGUUUAGUUGCUUCACUUGCAAAUAAUGAUAAAGUCAAUGAUGACAAGAGUGGAUAUAAUAUACAUGUCGACAUUAACGGCAAUGAAAAAUAUAUAAAGAACGUACCUGUUAAUUCUGCACAUGUUGACAGUUUAGCUGCUGUGUGUGGACAUAAUAAUAAAAGCACUGAUAAAGAUUAUGAUAAAUACAACAAUAUUGAAAAUGGUUGUUUUGCUACUGCCUCCAUCAGUACCGAUGACAUUGGUGGUUCUGAAAAAGUCUUAACAUUUGGAGGUUUAACAUUUAGAGAUAAAGAGCAACACAUGACGGACUCCAACUCUGAACAGAAACUGAUAAAUCAAGAGUUAGAGGAGGAAGAGGAAGAAGAUGUUGAUGAUGAUGAUGAUGAUGAUGAUGAUGGAAGCAGCAGUUUUGAAGAUUCAGAAGUUGAGAAUUGCGACAUUUAUCCCAAGAAGCUAUACUCUGAUCCAGCUUACCCAAGUGCGGUCUUCCAGGCUCUGGAGAACAUGAUGUUGCAUUCGGUCCUCACUGACUUGACCCUCUUCACAGAUGAUGGAUACCGGUUCCAGGUUCAUUCCUUUGUCUUGGCUGCGGUCAGUUACCUUAUUCAGACGAGACUCAGACAGAAGCCCAAAAAAGAGCAGUUCAUCUCCUUGUGUUUGAGUCCUAAGGUUCAUGGUUCUGGGUUGGCAGCAGUGGUGGAGUUUGCCUAUACAGGGAACAUUGACAUUCGGAACAAAAAAAAUAUAGAACAGAUAUGGUCUGCAGCAGUAAGCCUGGAAGCUCCAAGAAUUCUAGAACUCUGCAAAGAGGAGGACGAGAGAGAAGAGGACGAUGCAGGAGGGAAGAAAGUGGACAGAAAAGAGAUUUCUGCAGAGGAACAUAUAAAAAUUAGUCUCCAGCAUAUCAGACAGAUGUGGACACAGAGGAUGGGUUGUGAUGUGGAGCUUGAAGCAGAAGGAAGAGUGUUUCAUGCUCACCGCGCGCUCCUGGCUGCCAGCAGUGACUACUUUACAGGCAUGUUUACUAACGGUAUGAAGGAAAGUCGACAGGAAUUGGUGUCUCUGCUGCUUGUAGGGGCGGCCAAGUUUGAAGCCCUCCUGCACUACACCUACAGUGGGGCUCUUGCACUCGGAUGGGGCUAUGUGUUUGAUCUCACCUGUACAUCUCUUCAAUUACAGUUUCAGACUGCCUUCUCACUAUGCCUUAACUUCCUGCAACAAGAAAUAGAUGCUUACAACUGCCUGGAUGUAGCAUCUUUUGCAGAGUCCUUUGGAAUGGGGGACUUACUUGCACUGGCCAAUGACUAUGUCUUGAGGCACUUUCAAGACGUGUCUGUCACUCCAAAGUUUCAAGAUCUUCCUGCAGAGAAACUAAAGAAGUACCUUCAAAGUGAUUCUCUCUGCGUUCCCUCGGAGUUGCCCGUAUUCAGAGCAGUCAUGUCUUGGAUCGAAGCCUUUCCCAGACAACGGGUGAAACUUGCCAGGGAGCUGAUGGGAACUGUCCAGUUUCCCUUAAUGACCUUUAAGGAGUUCAAAGAAGUCAAGUCCAUAACGUCUUGGCCGAGGAUUGGAGCCAAAAAACUAUACGAUUCUUUCCUUGAGGAGUUCUGUUCCAGUUCUUCAGACAUUCAGUCCAAUUUCAGGGCCUAUAUGCCUAAAGACGCUCUAGUCCUAGUUGGGGGUGAGAGGAUCACUGAUAAUUUUGACAAACGUAGACCAUGUAGGGAAAUGUGGUUUAGCAAUUCCUUGCAGAACCAUGUUGGGUUGGUGAAGAAAGUAGAGUGGAGAAUGCUGGGAACUUUACCUGUGAAACCACGAUUUAGUCAUGGAGUUGGGGUUAUGAGGGGCAAGCUUUACGUAGUUGGCGGACGGCAUUAUUACGGCAAAGCUGAUACCAUGAAUUGCACCUACAGGUAUGAUCCCAUUCAAAACUCUUGGCAAAGGUUGACCGAUAUGCACGAGAGAAGAGGCAGCUUCACUCUAGUGGUCCUAAAUGGUAAAAUAUAUGCUAUUGGUGGAGAGAGGGACUCAGGGGUCAAUAUGGAGAGUGCUGAGGUUUACUGCCCCAACACAAAUUCUUGGAGUUUUGUCCACCCAUUAGAUCAAGCUCUGUGCUGCCAUGAGGCCAGUGUAUGGAAUGGUACAAUCUUCCUAUCGGGAGGCUUUAACAACCAGUAUCAAUGCCUCUCGUCCAUGACCCUGUACAACCCAGAACAGGGAUCCACUUACUUGGCUGAGAUGACACAUGACAGAGCCCUGCACUGCAUGGAGACCCUAGGUGACCGUCUUUAUGUGGCUGGAGGGGUUUCGUGCGAUGCUGAUGGCCAUCUGUUAGAUCAAUUAGCCUGUGAGGCCUAUAACCCUGUAGCCAACUCCUGGAGUGCCAUUAUGCCAUUUCCAGUGCCUCAUGUUGGGUCAGCAUCAGCGGUCUUAGAGGGGAAGGUCUAUGUAAUCGGAGGUUACUGCCAUGAAGACUACAAUGAUACCAAAACAGUGCAUCGCUAUGAUCCUGCAACAGAACGCUGGGAGAACAUGAGCAUAACACCAGGCCCAAACACAUACAUAGCUGCCUGUGUGCUGCCAAUACCUGCUCAUCUUAGACAAUAAGACAAUAACAUGGGAUAACAUUGAAUACAAUGCAUUGUCCUCAGUUACUGCAUUGUACAU